AGCAAUGUGAGUUCCGACCUGCAAUGUGCGACCGCGUAGGACUGCAAGCAAUGUGAGUUCCGACCUGCAAUAUUAUAAGCGACCAUCCCAUAACCCACGCACCGCCCGAUUACGAAUACAGUGCCACUUUGCGUGCGUCUGUGUUGCAUAGUCUGGUACCUGCUGUCCGAUUUGUCCGUCAUGCGAUCAACAAAGUCAGUCAAAUUUUAAUGUUUUUGAGUUCCAGGAAUAAUCUUUUGCACAGCAGUUCCGGCAGAUCAGGCAGUUCCGGCUUUUACCAAUUGCCAGAAUUGUGUGCGAAAAUGGCGAUGUUUUCGAGCGUUCCAGUUGUGGAUGUUCACAGGGAGAAUUUCAAGUCACUGUGGCCGAGUCUCUUGUUGGCGAUCAAGUCGUGCAGUUAUGUUGCGAUUGAUGCUGAGCUUAGCGGCUUAGGAAAUAGGAGAAAGUUAUUGACGAAGUCAAUGGAAGAUCGCUACCAGUCUUUAGCUGAAGUAGCGAAGUCAAGAUCCGUCUUGUCCCUAGGCAUCUCCUGCUUUAAAGCAAGGUCAAAGACACCAGGAGACCAGACUAUAACCCCUGAGAAACAGAACGCUGCGUUGGGUUUCCUCAUACAGACUUUCAACAUAACAACUCUUUGUUCUGAAGAUUACAUCGUCGAGCCUGGAUCGUUGAAGUUUCUCGUUGAUCACGGGUUUGAUUUCAACAAGCAGUACGCCUCUGGAGUGUCGUAUUACAGAGGUGUUGAUAAUUCUGAAAAGGAUGAGAAAGAUUCGGACUCCCAGACGCUGAGAUUGCUCUUUGCCUCGCUCAUACAGAGUGCCAAGCCGGUAAUCUUUCACAAUGGCCUCGUCGAUCUGGUUUUCCUCUACCAGAACCUCUACUCCAAUUUGCCUCCUUCAUCAGCCCAAUUCAUCGCUGACCUCUGCGAGAUUUUUCCCGGGGGGCUCUUCGACACCAAAUAUCUGGCCGAGUUUGUGGCGAGAAUGCAGGCGUCGUACUUGGAGUACGUCUUCAGGAAAAGCCAAAGAGACAACGUCCGUCUGGCAAGUUGCGGCAAACAACACGUUUCGCUGGAGUUCUGUCACUACGAUGCUGAUUCACCUCAUAUCGGUUACCACCAGUGCAGUCUACCAGCUUCUUUUAUUGAUGGUGGAAGCCAGAAGACGGAGAAACUGGAACUCUGCGAAACAUACGCUGCACAUGGUCACUGCAAGAACGGUAUCAGGUGUUCCAAGUCACAUGACCCAGACGCCAUCCAAGAUGCCGACGAUUGUCGAGAUGAAAGACGCCAGCGGAAACGGGACCGAAAGAAACAAAAACGCCAGAUGAAGGCCAAGGCGGAGGAAAGCCAACUAGCAGAGGGAACGGAAGAGGAAGGAGAGUCUGGAGCGAAGACGGAUGAAAUUCCCAAGGACGAUGAAGGCUUCAAGACAGACGGAAUGGAUGUCGACGUCCAAGAGGAUGCCAUCCUCGAAGAGGUCUCACACGGAGAAGCUCCCCAAGACUCGCAGAAGCUUUCCGACUCUGAUCUUGUUGGAGACGGCCCAAAUGGACACAACAUCACCACAACAUCAUCAUCAAGAACUUCUCCCUUGAAACUCAAUAAGCAGACCGGUGGCCACAGAGCCGGAUAUGAUGCAUUUAUGACGGGGUUCACCAUGGCAACACUCGCCUUGGAGAUCAGCCAACGGGGCUCCGGUAUAUCUAAGACACUUUCGCCGGAGAAAGAAACUCAUUUUGUGGAGGCUUUUGGCCUCAGGGACUUCAAGAAUAAACUCUUCUUGAGCGCCAAGCCGGUACCGUUAGUUAUUGCCAAGAGCAGCUUCUCAAAGACUUCCCAAAAUCAUAGGGAUAAAAUGAGGCGACUCGGAAUGAACCAACCUUAGUGGCAUCGAUAGUUCCUUCUUAACAUCACUAGUGUAAAGGCUGCCUUUUUUUGUUGUUAAUGCACAACAAAGCGUUAUGAACAGAUAACUUUUUUCCAACCAAACUUCUUUUUUUGUUACCUUCUUCAAAACACUAGUAACGUAUUAAAAGAGUAUGAAUGACGGCCGUUUAAAGGCACUGGACACUAUUGGUAAUCAGAGUUAGCAUAGAACCAACUUGUUAGUGGUCAAUGGAGAGAUGUUUUAAGUUGAAUUUGGUUUUGAGACCUCAGAAUUUGAUUUUUAGGUCUCAAAAUCAAG